AAAAUAUAUUUAAUAUAAUUUAAAUAAAUAAUAAAAAAACAUUCUUAAUAAUUUUUGAUUUUCAAAUUUUUUUAAAAAAAAAAAUUUUAUCAAAUGGAAUAUUUAAUAUAAAAAUAUUAGUUAUUAUUGAAAUGGAGCUUCAAAGGUUUUUACUAAUUUUAACAAUAUGCUUAGCAAAUAUAUCAAAUGCCGAAUUUCAGCAAAGUUUAGAAUUUACCGAUAUAUUACCAUUAAAUGUAAAAAGUUAUGACAAAAUGAGACCACCAAAAAAAGAUGGACAACCAACAAUUGUUUUCUUUCAUGUAACUGUUAUGGGUCUCGAUUCAAUUGAUGAAACAUCAAUGACAUAUGCUGCUGAUAUAUUUUUUGCACAAACAUGGAAAGAUCAUAGAUUAAGAUUACCAGAAAAUAUGACAGCUGAAUAUCGUUUAUUAGAGGUUGAUUGGUUAAAGCAAAUGUGGCGACCCGAUUCAUUUUUUAAGAAUGCAAAAGCUGUAAUAUUUCAAACGAUGACAAUUCCUAAUCAUUAUCUGUGGUUAUAUAAAGAUAAAACGAUAUUAUAUAUGGUAAAGUUAACUUUAAAAUUGUCCUGUGUUAUGAAUUUUGCGAUAUAUCCGCAUGAUACACAGGAAUGUAAAUUACAAAUGGAAAGUCUUUCCCAUACAACGGAUGAUAUGAUUUUUCAGUGGGAUCCUGAUGUUCCAUUAGUUGUUGAUGAAAGUAUUGAAUUGCCACAAUUGGCUUUAACUAAAAAUUAUACAGCUGAUUGCACACAAAUUUAUUCAACUGGAAAUUUUACAUGUCUAGAAGUUAUUUUUGUCUUAAAACGUCGUUUAGUUUAUUACUUUUUAAAUACAUAUAUACCAACAUGUAUGAUUGUUAUAAUGUCAUGGGUAUCGUUUUGGAUUAAACCAGAAGCUGCACCUGCUAGGGUUACUUUGGGGGUCACUAGUCUGUUGACACUUUCUACACAGCAUGCAAAAUCUCAAGCAUCGUUACCGCCCGUUUCUUAUUUGAAAGCUGUUGAUGCAUUUAUGUCCGUUUGUACGGUAUUCGUGUUCAUGGCUCUAAUGGAAUAUUGUCUAAUUAAUAUGGUUUUGGGCACUCAAGUACCGAAACCGGCAGCGCCACCAAAACCACCAGAAGAACAAAAAAAAGAAGAAGCUGCAAAAACUGAAACAAAAAGUGAAAAAAUUGAAAAAAUAGAAAAAAUUUUUGAUGAAUUACAAGCUGGCAAUCGUAAAAAAUCAGCUAAUACCGGAGUAACUUUAAAUCCAACACCAACGGUAUCCUUAGGUGCACCAUCUAUAUUAGCACAUGCAAAUAGACGUCAUCAGCAUCAUUCACAUCAUCAUGCGCAUUCGCAUAAUCGUCAUGAUCCAUCACCUGUUCGCCUUAUGGAAAAUAAUAAUUCACCAGAAGGUCCAUGGAUACCACGUCAAGAAAGUCGAAUUAUUUUAACACCAAUUGUAGCGCCACCACCCUCAUUAGCACAAUCAAAUAAAACAGGCGCUCCAACAGCUAAUAAACCGGAACAGAAAAAGGCUGAUUUACCAAAAUUGACACCAGCUCAACAGAAAUUAAAAAUGGCUAUAAAUAUUGAUAGAUUUUCACGAAUAUUUUUCCCGUUUUUAUUUGCGAUGUUAAAUUUAACUUAUUGGAUUAUAUUUUGGGAAUAUUUAUAGAGAAUUAUUAUCAAUUAUAUUAUUUUUUUAUUUUAUUUUUCAUUUUAUAUUAUUUUAUUUUUAAAAUUUGUAUUAAUGCAUAUGAUUUUUAUAAGUUAUAUUUUAAAAUUUUAGUAUUAUAAACUUUUUUUAAAUACGUAUAAUAGAUUCAUAUUUCAAGUAAAUAAUUAGCCCAACAAUAUAUACGAUCAAAUAAUUAUAAUUUCCAAUAUUAUUAAAAAUUACAUUAAUUUUUAAAUUUUAUUCCCGCAGUACAUGUUCAAUUUGUAUCUGUGAUAUGUAUAUCCUGUCCCUUUGAAAGUAACGUGAAAUUUAUUAACAAAUAAUAAUGUUAUACAAGCAACAUAUUAAUGUUAUUUCAGUCAAAAACAUUUAUUUUGUUACAAAUAAUUUUUUUCUUUAAUUUUUAUUUCAAAAUUUUUAAUUAAAAUUUAUAAUAUUAGAAAUUGAACUUAAUUAAUUUAUAAAAAAUAGUAUUAUUACAUUUAGUAUUUUAUAUUUAUAAUAUUGUAUAACACUAUAAUCAUAUACCAUUCAUAGUACAUAAAGAAGCUUUCACGUAUUAUACCUGUCCAAAUUGUAUACUAUGAAUGUAUACAAGUUGCAUUUCAUAACAUUUCCCUUAUAUACAUGAUUUGCAUUAUAUAAAUUUACGUUAGAUAAAAACAUCCCCCAAAUAACGCGUUAGUAUGACAUAUGCAUUAGGAUCUUUAUAUAGUUUAUUUGAAUAUACACAUAUACGCAU